AUGUACAGAGUCAGCGAGCACAUCCUUGCCAUGGAGAAAGGCAGACCUGGCUCCUCAGAGACCACCCAGAUGGAGCCAGCGCUCUGCUACGAGUACAUAAAUGCUUCAUGUCUGAGGACCAUCUAUCCCUUGCCUAUACGCAUCACCCUCUACGUGAUUCUGGGGUUCACAGUCAUCAUAACAGUGUGUGGAAACCUGUUGGUAACUGUCUCUAUCGCCUAUUUUAAGCAGCUUCACACUCCAACCAAUUGCCUCUUAGUAUCUCUGGCUGUUUCUGACCUCCUUCUGGGGUUGUUAGUCAUGUUCCCCAGUAUGAUUCGAUGCAUAGAGACUUGCUGGUAUUUUGGUGAUGUCUUCUACCGACACUACGCUGUCUGCCAGCCUCUCCUGUACAGGAGAAAGGUAACUGUUAACGCUGUGUUGAUCAUGAUUCUGACCACUUGGAGUGUUUCAGCUCUUAUAGGCUUUGGAAUGAUUUUUCUGAGGUUAAAUAUUUGGGGGAUUGAGGAGUUCUACUAUAACUAUAUUGCGUGUGAAGGGAGCUGUGUUUUGUUUCAGAGUGGACUAUCGAGUACAGUCUCAUCAGUACUUUCAUUUUACAUCCCAGGAAUAGUAAUGCUUGCUGUUUACCUGAAGAUUUUCCUGGUGGCACAGAGACAGCUGCGCAGCAUACAGAACACAAGCUGCAUGAGCUCAACAAAAGUAUCAAAUACAAGCCAGACAAAAGCCACCAAAACACUUGCUAUUAUAAUGGGGGGCUUUCUUUCUUUUUGGACUCCUUUUUUUGUGUGUAACAUCAUUGAUCCUUUUAUCAGUUACUCAACACCACCUGCUUUGUUUGAAACCCUUGUAUGGGUGGGCUACAUGAAUUCUGCUGUCAACCCUUUAAUAUAUGCAUUCUUUUACAGCUGGUUCAGAAAGGCAUUUCGAUUAUUUGCUUCAGGUAAAGUCUUUAAAUCUGACAUUUCAGAGACCACACUUUUUACAGAAUAA